GGGUCGGGGCUGCGGCGCGGCAGUGACGCUCCUUCUCGCUGACACCGAGCCGGGCUCCCCUCCGGGCCCCCCCCCCCCCCCCAGCAGCUCCCUGCCAGGUGCCCGGGCCGCUCGCGGCGCGAUGUCGGACGAGUCCCGAGCCGAGCGCUUCCUCUACUUGAUCUCCUGCUUCAGGGCGCGGCUGAAGCGCGCCAUCCGCGUGCAGCCCGUGCUGGACUGGCUGCCCUCGCUGGGCGCCGAGGAGCGGGAGCGGGUGCGGGCGGCGGCGCUGCAGCAGGGCGAGGUGGAGGCGGCGGAGCUGCUGCUGCGCGCCGUGGAGCGGGGGCCCCGCGACUGCUACCGCGAGUUCCUGCAGGCGCUGGAGCACGGCGGCUGCGGCCUGGCCGCCUGCUACGUGAACCCCAGCCUGAGCCAGCUGCCCUCACCGGCAGAGGAGGCCCACCACGACUUGUGCGUGCACUUGGUGCAGCUGCUGCACGGCACGCUGGUGGAUAACAUGCGGGCCGUGCAGGUGGCCGAGAAGUGCCUGCAGAGGGACAUCUUCCAGGUCGAGGACCUGGAACGGAUCCAGACUGUUACUGAAAGUCGUGGGAAUAGAGAUGGUGCAAGGGAGCUGUUAAGUAGAAUAGUUCAGAAGAAGGACUGGUUCUCCCCUUUUUUGGUUGUUUUGCGUGAAACCCAACAUGAAGACCUUGCAGAUGAUUUAAGUGGAAAUACAGGAGGAGUGGAAAAUGGAGAAAAGGGGAUGAAUAACAGGACAAAUGAAGAAACAGAAGUCACAAGGCAAUCAGAACAUGCUGGAGUGGAGGAUUUCAAACAGCAAGAAAAUAUGAAUGACAGUUUAGCCAGUGAGAGCAGUGUUUUGGAAAGAUCUGUUGGAGAGAAUUCUGUAGCUUCAGAGUCUGAUGUCUCUAUAGGAGAUGGAAGUGUCAAUAAUGUGAAUGAAAACCUGGGACAGAGCAGCAGCACAACCAGUGAUUCAGAUGAAGAUGAAGUGAAGAGCAGAGCUUCACCUGAGCCAGAACUGAUCCUGAGAGAUUACCAGAUGGAAGUUGCAAAACCAGCAUUGAAUGGGGAGAAUAUUAUAAUAUGUCUCCCUACAGGCAGUGGUAAAACCAGAGUGGCUGUUUAUAUUACCAAAGAUCAUUUGGAUAAGAAGAGAAGAGCAUCAGAGCCUGGAAAAGUUAUAGUACUUGUUAACAAGGUACCAUUGGUGGAACAGCAUUUACGAAAGGAGUUUCAUCCAUUCCUGAGGCGCUGGUAUCAGGUUAUUGGUUUAAGUGGUGAUUGUCAGCUGAAAAUCUCAUUUCCUGAAGUUGUCAGAAGAAACGAUGUCAUAAUCAGUACAGCACAGAUCCUGGAGAAUUCACUGCUAAAUGCAACUAAAGAAGAAGAGGAAGGUGUCCGUUUAUCAGAUUUUUCACUUAUCAUUAUUGAUGAAUGUCAUCACACUCAAAAGGAAGGUGUCUACAACAAUAUAAUGCGACAUUACUUAAAAGAAAAGAUGAAGAAUGAGAAGCUCGCGAAAGAAAAACUACUCAUUCCACAACCUCAGAUUCUGGGACUUACAGCCUCACCUGGUGUAGGAGGUGCAACAUCCUAUUUGAAAGCUGAAGAACAUAUUCUGAAAAUCUGUGCAAACCUUGAUGCAUGUAGAAUCAUGACUGUUGAAGAGCAUGCCUCCCAACUGAGGAAUCAGGUGAAGGAACCAUAUAAGAAGACUGUGAUUGCAGAUGACAAAAGAAGGGAUCCAUUUAGAGAGAAAAUUAUCGAGAUCAUGACAGAAAUUCAAAAGUAUUGCCAGCUCCAUCCAAAAUUUGAGUUUGGAACUCAGCCAUAUGAACAGUGGGUGAUUAGAGAGGAGAAGAAAGCGGCAAAAGAAGAAAAACGCAAGGAACGUGUCUGCGCAGAACACUUGAAGAAAUACAACGAUGCUUUGCAAAUAAAUGACACUAUUCGAAUGGUUGAUGCAUACAAUCACCUAUGUAACUUUUAUAGGGAGGAAAAAAGUAAAAAAACAAUAGUGAGUGAUGAUGAGGAUGAACCAGCAGUAUCAAAACAGGAUGAAACAGAUGAAUUUCUAAUAGGUUUGUUUUAUGCAAAAAAGAAACAGCUGAAAGAGUUGUCUGGAAAACCUGAAUAUGAAAAUGAGACACUAACAAAGUUGCGCGACACCUUAAUGGAGGAGUUCACGAAGACUGAUGAACCAAGAGGAAUUAUUUUCACAAAGACCCGGCAAAGUGCUUUUGCUCUGUUCCAGUGGAUUAAAGAUAACAAAAAAUUUGAAGAAGUGGGAAUUAAGGCCCAUUAUCUUAUUGGUGCUGGAAACAACAGUGAAACUAAAGCUAUGACUCAGAAUGAGCAGAGGGAAGUCAUUGGUAAAUUCCGAGAUGGAAGUGUAAACUUACUCAUUGCUACUACUGUAGCUGAGGAAGGCUUGGACAUCAAGGAGUGUAACAUUGUUAUUCGCUAUGGCCUUGUCACCAAUGAAAUUGCUAUGUUGCAGGCCCGUGGUCGAGCUCGAGCUGAUGAGAGCACCUAUGCACUUGUGGCUUCAAGCAACUCAGGAGCAGUUGAACGUGAGGAUGUUAAUAGCUUCCGUGAGAAAAUGAUGUAUAAGGCGAUUCAGCGUGUCCAGAAGAUGCCACGGAAAGAGUACUUAAACAAGAUUCAGACCUUCCAGUUGCAAAGUAUAAUGGAAAAAAAAAUGAAGACAAGGAGAGAUCAAUGUAAGACAUACACGAAAAGACCUUCACUAAUAAAAUUCUUAUGCAAAAAUUGCUGCAAGUUGGUAUGUUCAGGAGAAGAUAUACAAGUUAUUGAAAACAUGCAUCAUGUCAGUGUGAAAAAAGAUUUCCAUGCAACAGCAACCAAAGCUGAACACCAGUUACCCGGUGCAAAGAGAUCCAUUUACAUAAACCUAAGCCUUUACCAUAUCAGAGAAAAUAAGACAUUGCAAGAUAAAUAUGCUGAUGACCAGACAAAUAGAGAAAUUACAUGUAAAGACUGUGGACAAGCUUGGGGAAAUAUGAUGGUUCACCGAGGUCUUGACCUGCCUUGUCUAAAGAUUAAAAAUUUUGUGGUUGUAUUUGAAGACAAGAAAACAACAAAGCAAAUUUUUAAGAAAUGGGGAGAACUGCUAGUCAGGUUCCCUGGUUUUGAUUAUGCAGGGCAUUGUCCUUCAAGUGAUGAAGAUUAAGGACUCUGAAAAAGGGCUUUUGCUUUCCUUCUGUUUUUCUGACUGCUGAUUAGAAGCUCCUGUCCCAUAUAGUGAGGACUGCACAUUAAAAACUGAAAGUCUGAGCUUGAGGAGGAGGGGAAAAAAGACCUAAGGGAGGAGAAAAACUAAGGCAAGUGGACACUGUCUGCACUCAUUUGCAGUGAUGCUCCAAGACAAAGAAUAAGACCACGUAGACUGCAAUGGUGUGUAUCCAUGGAACAAACUCCCCUCUCUACUCAAUAGAGCACUGAAUGGAGUGACAAUACUGGCAGAAAUAUAUUAGGCGAACAGUGACUCAGCACAGAAUGUAAGAGACAUCUUUGGACUUGUUCAUGGUGGUGAUUUUCCAUUUUUCUGCUGCAACCUCUUUGAAGAUCAGUUGUCUUAAAAGAGGAGCUGAGUAAAGAGAAUAGAUCAGCUGAGCGUUAUUUGUGAAUCACUGUUGAUUUGUUUCUGAAUCAUUGUUGACUAUUUCCAUGGCUGAUUUCUCUCCCAUCUUAUCUUUAGCUGUUAGCUAAAGAUUAGCUGUUUUUACAGAUCAAAAUGAAGUUUUCAUUAAAAGAUGUUUCAAAAAUCACUCCUUUAAGUCAACUUGAAAUUGAUUGUUUUAAUAUCUAAGAAGCACAAUGCCAUGUUUAACUUAUGUAUGUUAGUUUCAUAGGACUGUUAAACAAUGGAUAUACAUGUAUUUCUCCAAUAAAUGGCUAUAAUGAAUAACCUUUGCCAACUA